UCCGUAGUAUGUCGGGAGGAAGCAGUUGGGUAAAAAAAAAAAAAAACGUCAACGCAGCCGUGUGAGACAUUAUUUUAUGGUCAAGAGAUAGAAAAAAUAAUAAUUAAAAAACGAACAAACCACGGCGACAAUGACGACUUCUGCCGACAACCGCUCCAUCUUUGAUUUGUGCCCAAAAGAUGAGGCUUUGACGGGACUGCGAGAAGCGAAGCCCGUCCUGAAGCAGCAUGUCAACACCGAGCCAGCCUCACAAGCCGUCCACACAGGGUUGGAAGAUGAAUGCCCAGAGGAUGACAGACAGUGGGAGUGCGGCCUGGCUCGGGAGGUGUCAGACAAGAUGGUCUGCUCAGCCUGCAGGUGCACCUUUAUUAAUCGUGAGGAACAGAUGGAGCACUACAAGCUCGACUGGCAUCGCUUCAACUUGAGGCAAAAAAUGGCAGGAUUGCCACCAGUCACUGUCGAGGAGUUUGAGAGGAAGACUGGAGCUGGGGACAUGUCAAGUAUCUCAGGCUCAGAUUCUGAUUCGGAGGAAGAAAACUCAUAUAGUGACGGCGGGGGAACAAGCAGCAAUGCGACUGGCACGGAUGAGAGCUCCCUUGAAACCAGUUUAAUUACCGGCCGGCUCUCCAGCAAGGCUGUUUUCCAGAACUCAACAGGACAGUAUGUGUCAGUCUACCGCUGCAUUCUGCAGGGGAAGUCAGAUGAUGAGCAGGAUAUAGGAUCCUCCCUAAUGGCCAUAAGUAAGAAGACUGUGUGGGUUGUUCUCAUGACAGGUGGAGGCCACUUUGCUGGUGCUGUCUUUCAAGGAAAAGAAGUCCUUCAGCACAAGACUUUUCACCGAUACACAGUGAGAGCAAAGCGAGGCACCGCUCAAGGACUCAGGGACUCUCAGAACCGCGGUCACGCACCAAAGUCUGCAGGAGCUGCUCUGAGGCGACACAAUGAGGCAGCGCUAGUCAAGGACAUCCAGGAUCUAUUGGUAACCUGGACUGAAUACUUGAAGGAGGCCUCUGCAAUAUUUGUACGAGCCCCUAGCUAUAACAAGACCAUCUUUUUUGGUGGUCGGGCAGCUCCCCUUGACAAAAAAGACCCCAGGAUCCGUACACUCCCCUUCGCCACACGCAGGGCAACUUUUCGAGAGGUACAGAGGGUACAUGAGGUGCUUUCCACCGUUCAUGUUUAUGGAAGAGACACAGACAUGUCUACAGUCUUCAGUCAGUCUAAGAAGGCAUGGAAAAAAACUGUCAAGCCAUUAGCACAAAAAAACACUGAUCAUGAGCAAACAGAAGAAAACCAUGAUAGCUCAGAUAAAGAAGAGGGUGGAGAGAUCCAGCUGGAGAUGGUGGAGCUGACAUUAGGAACCCUGGACCUCAGGGAGUAUGAAAUAAAUCCCUCCAGGCACAGGAGGAGGAGGAGGAGAAAGAAGGAGGAAGCCAAAGUGCAAAAUGAGACUAGGUCCAGUCCAGUGUUUCAUGACAUAGGAUUGAGUAACACAGAAGCAGACAAUCAAGAAGAGGAGGUGCCGGAGGCUACACCAGCAGGAGACGCCCCUCGAGCAACACAAUCAAAGCACAAGAGGAAGGGGAAAGCACAGAGCAAGAAACAACUGGAAGAAACUGUCGAUGAGUCAUGGGAGUAUGGCCUGAGGGAUGCCCUCUUUACAGCCUGCAAGGUUGGGGAUGUGGUCACUCUAAGUAGACUCCUGGAGCUACUUGGAGAAACGGCAGAGAGUCGAGAGCUGUCGGAGAGCAACACAUCUGAUGCACCAAGUCCUCUGACUCUCCUCAAUAAGCCCAUAGACUCAUCAGGGUUCACGUUGCUGCAUGUUGCAUCAGCAGCUGCACAAAAGGCAGUGGUCAGGCUGCUCCUCGAUGCAGGAGCAGACCCAGCCUGCAGGGAUAACAAAGGACAGACCCCGUAUAUUGUUGCCCCUGACAAAGACACAAGGAAUGUCUUUCGUAAAUACAUGGGUGAGAAUCCUGACAAAUAUGACUACAGCAAGGCACAGGUGCCUGGGCCACUGACAGCAGAGAUUGAAUCCAAAAAGACAGAGAAGAAAAAGGCUCAAAAGGCACUGAGAAAACAGCGAGAAAAAGAGCAGAAGGAGGAGAAGAGGAAACAAGAGUUGGAGGCAGAGGAAAAGAAGAGGUUUGCAUCGCUGACUGAUCGCGAAAAGAGAGCUCUGGCAGCAGAGAAAAGGUUAGCGGAGCAGGUAGCUGCAACAGGAGUCAGCCUCUGUAACAUCAAGAGGUGCUGGUUCUGUGGGGAGUCUCUGCUGGGGAAGAUCCCAUUUCAAUACCUGGAGUAUUCGUUCUGCACCCCUCGCUGUGUCCAAGCACAUCGAAAAGCGAAUACUCCUGCAGGCAAGACCUAACACCGGUGUGGAAAUUUUUAGUUGGAAGGAAGCUACCUCAUGAAAAGUACAAGUGAAUUUGUGCAGCCAUGUAUAGACACUAGCAACUCUGUGUCUUGCCAAUGUGCUAGUUAAAUUUUCAAGUCUGAACACACAUUUCAAAUAUAAUUUUAUUAUGCAGAUGAUCUUAGACAAUUGGAUGAAUAUACUGUCUCAAAAAUUAAUGAAAUAAACCCUUGAAAUUUACAAUUUAGUCACAGCAUAUGCAGUUAUGAGAAACGUAAAAAAAAAAGCAAAUGCAAUAAAAACAAAAAGAGAAAUACUG